UGAGAAGAACGUUUAGGCCUCAUACAAAUGUCUUUGCGAUUGGGGAUAUAAAGUCUCUGAUGACAAGCAAAAUCCGACCUGUGAAGAUGUAAACGAAUGCUUGGACAAUCCAUGUCACCCUGGAGUGGACUGCAUCAAUCUACCCGGCAAAUUUCAAUGCGCUGGCUGUCCCAAGGGCUACCAUGGUGGGAUUACGGUAACCAUUCCUCUGCCAGAUUACGGUAUUGCUUUCACAGGGAACGGCCAAAUCUGCGCUGACAUCGAUGAAUGUGCUGCUGAAACAUAUCCAUGCUCUAAAAAUCCUCGUGUCCCUUGUUACAACACCAUCGGAUCAUUUCACUGUGGAAACUGUCCGCCGGGUUAUCGUGGUGAUGGCCGUACUUGCCAGAGAAAAUCUGCUUGCGAUGAUGCACCCUGCUAUCCUGGUGCAACUUGCGUCGAAGAUCCUUCAAGCCUCAAUAUAGGAGGUUUUGCUUGUCAUUGUCCCACUGGUAUGAUGGGUGAUGGAGUGGGUAAGUGA